UAUCAAGUGUUGUUAAAUGCAGCCCUUGUUCACUCGUGUGUAGUGUUGGUGCACUAUAUAUAUAUCUAGCUGAUCUAAAUAGAGUUAAAAAUUAAGUUGGUGCAUGCAUUCGUCACACCCAGUGAGUGUGUCCUAUUCUGGACACCCAUUUUCUGUGACAGUAGAUUUGCAGUGGUUCUUGUCUAGACAGCUGCAAUGGCGUCUCCUUCAACUCCCCGAGAUCUGAAGCAGAUGGUGAGAGACGGACUGAGUAUACUGGCGUUUAGUUUUGGUUACAAAACAGGGAUAAUUGAUGCCUUUAUAAAAACAAAACAACCCUGCACGGCAGAGGAACUCAGUCAAAAGUCAGGGAAAAAGUUACGAUACAUACAAGAAUGGUUGGGUGGGAUGAUAGGAGCAGGAAUCGUCAAACUUCAUGAGGACGGAAAAUACUCACUUCCGUACGAGGAAGUUGUAUUGCGACAAUUGGGUCACACCUCCACCGCCAUUCCAAUUCUCUAUGAGCUAUUUCCAAAACUGGAAAAUGUUAUGAAAAAAGAUGGACCAAAUGGAUAUGAAUAUUACGGACCAUUUCUCAAGUGGUUAGAUGAAUACCGCACGCCAGAAUUUUUCCUCACUUGGAACAAGAAUUUACUGGUCCCUGUACUGGAGCUGAAGAAAGCGAAGGAUUUCAUGUUGUUGGAUAUUGGAUGUGGUUAUGGGAAACACACCAGGGAGGUGGCCAAACUGUACCCCAAAUGUACUAUAUACGGUAUCGACACAGACAAAGUUUCCAUAGACCAAGCCAAGAAGGCACUAGCAACAGGUGGCCCACAGAACAUCCAGUAUAGUUGCAUGAGCGGGAUGAAACUUCCACCAGAAUGGACAGGCAAAUUUGAUUUCGUCCUCAUGAACGAUGUGCUCCAUGAUACGUAUGGUGUGGAUGAUAUUUUGAAAGAGUUUAAACGAGUUCUCAAACCAGAUGGUUACGGAGCAGUGUAUGACCCGCCCGUGUCCUCUUAUCCCGAAAAGCAAGCUAACGACAAAGUAGCACAAUUCUUUAUGCCUUUCAGCCUUUUUUCGUGCCUUCCAAUGAGUUCUUUGGGUGAAAAUGGAAAUGGUUAUGGAGUUGGUUGGGGAUACGAGCGUCGGAAACAGAAGAUAGAGGAACAUGGGUUCAAAGUGAUCAAGGUCGGAGAGAACGACGUUGACACAAUACAAGAGGGUAUUGUCUUCCACAAAUAACAACUUCACAAAUGUAAAACGUUUAUUGUACCCAAUAUUCGUGAAAUGAAUUGCAAAAGAAUAAACUUUCGUUUUCCAUGUAGAUUUUUGCAGUUUCAAAAAUGUUAUAAACUGUGACAUAUGUUGUUUUCUAAUUUUAUUAACAUAGAAAUAACUAAUCAUGACUAUGUAUAGACUGAUGUGUUAUAUAAAUAUACAUCAUAUAUAUAUUAUCAAAUUAAAAAUGAAGGAAAAUAUGCAGUUUCAAAGUAUAUCAAAAUAACUAGCGCUCUCAGGAUUUUAACAUACAUCUUCAGGUGAAUACAAAUUGAAUGUAAAGUUGUUUAUCUUAGAUACGUCCAUUGUGAUGUCAUGCAUCUCUUACGUAAUUGAAACUGCAUAGUUUCCUUCAUUAUUAUUUCAAUAAUUUGGAAUGUGUGACAUGGACUCUUUCUUUUUUAAUUAUAUAUAUAUUCACCAAGAGUAUAUGUACACAAACAUGUAAAUGUAACCUGCAAAAUAAAAUCACAUUGAUUUCA